AUGCCUCGAUACUCUAGCUCGGUUGACGGUGCCGAACUGUUUUAUCGCUAUUAUGCUCCAGAAGGCAGAACCCCGGCGCUCACGACACAACUGCCCCAACCAGCCAAGAGCCUGGCUCUGGUUUUCCUUCACCAGUGGCCUCUCUCAUCCCGUAUGUACGACUCGAUACUACUGUCACUUUGCGAGACUCACGGAUACCGUGUGAUUGCCCCCGACAGGCGAGGUUUUGGCAAGAGCGACUGGACUGGGCAACAGCCCACAGUUCCCAUUAGCUACAAGGAGCUUGGGCAAGACUUGUCGGACCUGUUGGAGAGAAUCCAGCCCGGGCCUUUUGUCUUUGUUGCCACCAGCAUGAGCACGGGUGAAGCGCUUAUGGCGUAUCUUGAUAGCUCAUAUAUACAGGAAAACUGCCAGGUCACCUCACCCCAGAACCCGAAGGCUAUGCCACAGAGCGCAUGGGAUGCAACCAUCAUGGCUCUGAGACAGGAUAGGCCUAACUUCAUUGCCAACGGCUUCAAGGGGCCCUUUGGAGACUCAAAAUCCGGUUCAGUCACCGAGAAACAGGUUGCGUUUUUCGAAAACAUUUUUUUUGAAGCUGACCCCUUCGCUGUUGAACGUUGCCUACAAAUUUAUUCUCGUGAGGACCUGUCUGAGGGGAUCAAAAGGUUUGGGCAAAUGUUCCACAAGCCUUUCCUUCUUAUUCAUGGCGGGGGCGACAAGGCAGUGCCCGCUGAAGUGAGCGCAGAACUUGUUCAGAAGUCGGUUCCUGGAGCGAAACUGACUAUAUAUGAUGAAGGAGGACACGUGCUCGUGCUCGCUUAUUCGGACCGCCUCUUAGACGACAUUGUAAAAUUUGCAGAAGAUAUUGCGGGAUGA